AUGGCCUCGCAACUGCUACCUCUCGAAUUUUCGGGAACUCUACUCGGAUUUGAUGAUUACGUUAAUAUGGUCCUUGAAGAUGUCACGGAGUUUGACUAUGCUGGAAACCAGGAGAAACUUCCCAAGAUCUUGCUCAAUGGUAACAACGUCUGCAUGCUAAUUCCGGGCGGCGAAGGGCCCAUUACCAGCUCUUGA